AUGGCCUCAUACAACAAUACAAAGGAGCAGACGAUGACUGCAGAACAAGCAACAGCACCAACAACAGGCGCACCAGGAGGAAGAAGAGGAGGAGGAGGCGGAGGAGGAGGGCGUGAGGCUGUCCCGUUCUCAUCUAGGCCCCAGAACCCGUUUAACGCCGACGAAGAAGAAGACCCAUUCCAGCCCCAUUUCAACCAUGAGCAUGAGCUCCGACAGCAGCAACACCACCAGCCCUUUAUCGACAUCACCUCUGACAGUUAUAGCCCUGUCCCACCGGUGGUUGCCAAUAACAGCAACAACAACAACGCCAAGAACCCGUUUGCUGAUGUGUCAGGAGAGCCGGAAAGACGAGGACGAGGGCAUGCGAGAGGAGAGGCUGAUAACGACUCGUUCGAGUCUGACACUGAGGAGGACGAUUACGGUGAUAGUCUGAGUGACUAUACCUCCAGCAGCAGCGGUGACGACGGGUUUGGUACCGAUUCUGACGAUGGCGAUGGUGGUCAUGGAUCCCUCAAGAAGAAGAGAGCAGCAGGAGCAUUGGCAGACACCUCGUACCGCGAACCAGAGGACGGAGACGACGACGAUGAACAAGAAGACACCCAGCAACUCCUCCUUUCGUCCAACAAUACCAAGAUGGGUGGGAUGGGGAUGGGUAUGCGUGUUGGAGAGACGGGUACAGGAACCAUGAUUGGACUGGAUCUGGAACCCCAUGGAGACGGGAGGGCAUUUGGGUUUGGACAUGGCCAGCAGAAGGAUGAAUAUGAUACGCUGCCCCUGUCGACCGUCAACAGUCGUGGCCGUCGAAAACAUCGUCGUCGUCACCGUCAGAGGAAGGAAGACGGAGAUAUCCACGAAGAGUACGAAGGAGAUGAUGAUGAUGAAGCGGAUGAAACGGGUAGGGUUGGAAGGUCUGGCAAGCGGAAAAGUAGAGGUAGCAAGAAGAAGCGUAGGAGAGACGGUAGAGCAGGAGCAGGAUCGGCUGUAGCAGGAGAUGGAGGCGACACGCCUAUUUUGGGUCUUGGCGCGAUCCGGGCAGAGCAAGUAGCGGCAAUUGCCAAGAAACAAGCCCGCGUGCAGAUGGCCUGGAACGCCUUUUAUGUCUUUGCAUGGUACUCUUGUUCGACGGCCCUUUCUUUUUACAACAAGUGGCUGUUCUCGCCACAACACCACAACUUCCAGUUCCCGCUCUUCACGACCAGUCUUCACAUGGUUGCUCAGUUUGCCCUCUCGUCCCUCACGCUCUUCCUCUUGCCUGCCAUGCGACCAAAGGUUUCUCCCUCUCCCAAGGACUUUGGAACCAAGAUCGUGCCCUGCGCUGUUGCAUCGGGAUUGGACAUUGGACUGAGUAACAGCAGUCUGAAGACCAUUACCCUCGCCUUCUACACCAUGUGCAAGUCGUCGUCGUUGGCGUUUGUGCUUUUGUUUGCCUUCUUGUUCAGGCUGGAAAGGCCUACUUGGACAUUGGCAGGAGUCAUUGGCGUGAUUUGUGUGGGCCUGUUCAUGAUGGUCAUGUCCGAAGUCGACUUUGUCCUUAUCGGGUUCAUCCAAGUCAUGGCGGCAGCGGUACUAGGAGGUCUGCGCUGGUCAUUGACCCAGAUGCUGCUAGAACGCACCGACACCAAAUCCGGAAGUCUCGCCAACCCAAUCUCGACCAUCUUUUUCCUAUCACCCAUCAUGGGCGUCUGUCUCUGUAUUGUCGCAGGGAUCUUUGAAGGGUUCGGGACGAUCUUUGGAUCGCCGUUCUUUGCGACUGCAGGAUCUGCGAUGGGGACGUUGGGGUUGUUGUUCUUGGGUGGUGUCUUUGCGUUUAUGAUGGUCCUUGCCGAGUUUAAUCUUAUUGCGCGGACUAGUGUUGUCACCUUGUCCGUCCUGGGUAUCGUCAAGGAGGUAGUGACGAUUGUGAUAUCGUCGUUGGUAUUCCACGACCACUUGACGCUAGUCAACAUCAUGGGUCUCUUUGUCACAUUAACGGGUAUCGGGUUCUACCAUUUCAUGAAGCUGCGACAGAUGAAAUCCAAGGCCCGCCGGGCCGCCAAGGAGCUUGCGGACACUGAGCUGGCGAAUGCUGUAAAGAAGAAGGAGCGUGCGCUUGAGAGGCAGCGUCGGCGGGAAGAAAAACAUGCUCGUCGUCAAGGAGACCAUGGGAUUGCCGGGGGGUUGGGAUUGAGGAUGACUGGUGGGACUUUGGACCCGUCUCUGGAGGAUGAUGAGGUUGAUAACCCGUUUAGAGAUCGACGGGGUAUUAGAGGCGGUGGUGGUGGUGGAGAGGAAGAGUUGCCUUGGAAUCAUAGUCUGCCAUCUGGUGCGACGCUGCAGAAACAACAGUCGCAGCAGCAUCAGGAGGAGGAUGCGUUUGUGUUGGAUGAUGAUGAGGUGGUUGUAGUAGGAGGCGGUGGUGGAGGCAAGUAA